CUUCUCUGGCACAAACACGCUCCUCCCACUUUCUUCUCCUUCUUCUCUCUUUCUCUCUGUAGCUCCAGGAAUGUUCUUCGAUCUUCGCGCGCUCUGAAGUUUCUGUGGAUUCAUUUGUCUCUGAGAGUGAUCUUGCAAAGGAGCACCAAAAAAAAAAAAAAAUGGACGGUCGAAGUUGGCCAUGGAAGAGAAAGUCUUCGGACAAAGUCACGACCGAGAAACCAGUGGUUGGAAACGAGUCAACUAAUGUUUGUUCUUUGUCCUACUUAGCAUCUCUUGAAAAUCAGGAGAAGUGUAAAAACACAAACUAUGUUCAGAUACCUAUGGAUUCAUACACGCAUAUGAGUAGAAUGGAGGAUCAGGUCAAAUUGUUUGAGGGUGAAGUUAAGGAUCUUAAAGAAAAACUCACUCUUGCACACUCAGAGAUUAAGACUAAAGAAUGUUUGAUUCUUCAACAUGCCAAAGUCGCCGAAGAAGCUGUUUCAGGAUGGGAGAAAGCGGAUGCAGAAACUUUGGCACUCAAACGUCAACUUGAAUCUGUUACACUCUUAAAGCUCACUGCAGAGGACCGAGCAUCGCAUUUGGAUGAUGCGCUGAAAGAGUGCACGAGGCAGAUAAGGAUUGUGAAAGACGAGAGUGACCAGAAGCUGCAAGAUGUGGUUCUUGCUAAAACCACUCACUGGGACAAGAUCAAGGCCGAGCUUGAAGGAAAGAUUGAUGAAUUGAGCCAAGGACUUCACAGGGCAGCUUCAGACAACGCAGCACUCACUAGAUCGUUGCAAGAUAGAUCAGAGAUUAUAGUAAGGAUCAGAGAGGAAUGGUCUAAAACUGAAGCUGAUGUUGAAAAGCUGAAGACUAAUAUUCAGUUGGCUGAGAAGGAGAUUAGUUCGCUGAAGUAUGAUGUUCAUGUAGCUUCAAAAGAGCUGGAAAUCCGUAACGAAGAGAAAAACAUGAGUUUGAAGUCAGCGGAAAUCGCAAACAAACAGCAUCUGGAAGGAGUGAAAAAGAUUGCAAAACUUGAAGCAGAGUGUCAAAGGUUAAGAGGGCUUCUGCGGAAGAAGCUUCCUGGUCCUGCUGCUAUGGCUCAAAUGAAGCUAGAAGUUGAAAGCUUAGGGCAUGAGUUCACAGACCCUCGAGAACUGAGAAGCAUAGCUCAAAAUUCCUGUCACAGUGCAAAAGAUACUUCUGCAGAUCAUAGGUGGGAAGAGUGCAAAAGAGAGAAUGCACAUCUCACAAGACGAACACUGGAAAUGGAGGAGGAGAUUCAGAAACUUAAAGAACUUCUCGCUGCCCGUAACAGUGAAUUGCAGGUUUCGAGAAAUGUAUGCGCUAAGACUAUUGGAAAGCUUAAGACUCUUGAAGGGCAGUUGCAUAUGUUUAACAGUGACAAGAAUGCUCCAAAAUCAAAUAGCAGAAACCUUUCUGAAAGUCCAUUCAGUGGUCAUGAUCAUAACUAUCCGCCUAGUGUCACCUCGGUAUCUGAAGAUGGAUUUGAUGAAGAAGGAAGUUCCUCUGAGUGUGGCCUAGCAACCUCAACAGAUUCUCAUAAAGUAAGAAAAGAAAAUGCCGAUGGUUCCUCAAAGUCUAGGAUUUCUAACAGACUGGAGUUAAUGGAUGACUUCUUGGAGAUUGAAAAAUUAGCAGCCAGUGAUCCAGAUGGAGCAAACUCAGCUUCUAAAUCUUCCGUUUGCAGUAGUAAAUCUGUAGGCAAACAAUUCGCUAGUAAGUCCAGUGAGCAAGAUGAUACAGCACUUGGUCAGCUGUUAAUGGUUUUGCGUUCAAGAAUCAGUAGGGAAUUUGAAUCUCAAGAGGGCAUUAGCAUUGAGAAAAUCGUCGAAGCUACAAAACUUUCUAUCCAAGAGAUGCAAGGAUCAUCACCCAAACAACUCUCAAGUCUUCUGUUUGAAGUUUCUGAUGAAACUCUGGAGAAACAUGUUUUGUCAUCUCAGGAUAUCGGAAACAGCAAAAAAAUGCAUAAGAACACCACGGAACAAGAUUUGGAAGCAGCUGUUUCCAAUAUUUACAACUUCAUAAGAUCAACUACAAAGGAAGCAACACAAACUCAGGAGAUGCAUGGUAGUGGACUCAGUGAAAGCUUGGAGGAUUUCUAUUCAUUGGUUAGUAAAUAUCGAACCGGUGAAUCAAGCCUUUCUGACCUUAUUCUAGAACUCUCCCACAUUUCGGUUCUAGCUAGUAAUCUGAACAAUGGUGCUUUGGGUCUCAAGUACCAUAUUAAAGGGACCUCUGCAGCAGAGGUUACAUUGCUAGAAAAAGAGGUUGAAGAGUCAGGUUCUGAUCCUCUGGGAGACACAUUUGCUAAGACAGAGGAUCACCGUGUAGAUAACUUGAGCAAUGGUCAUGAGUUGGAAGAUUCAUCAUGCAAGAGCUUGUUGAAAGAGGUGGAAGAGCUAAAGUUGGAGAGAGAGAACAUUGCAUCAGAACUAUCAAGAUGCUUGCAGAAUCUUGAAAGUACAAAAGCGGGGUUGGAAGAAAAGGAGAAGCUCAUAUCAGAGCUAAAAACGCAGCUUACUUCAUCAGGGAAUCUCCAAAGCUUGGCAGAAACUCAGCUCAAAUGUGUGACUGAGUCAUACAAAUCGCUUGAACUCCGUACCAAAGAUCUAGAAGCUCAAGUGAAAAGCUUGGAAGGAGAUACAGAGAGACUUGAAAUGGCUCUUUCCACAGAAAAGCAAGGCCAUGAGGAGACUCUGGCUAAAUGCAGAGACCUUCAAGAAAAAAUGCAACGGAACGAGACUUGCAUAAAGUGUUCGUCACUCAUUUCUCAAUCCGGACUCCAACAUAAUCAGGAGAAAGACAUAGCAUCUGCAACAGAAAAGCUUGCAGCUUGUCAAGUAACAAUUCAUUUACUCAGCCAACAGUUACAAUCCUUGCAGCCUCAGAGCAACCAGAAUCCCAAAUCUCAAUCCCUUGAAAAGAAGCUUCAACACCACAAAACAUCAGAAGCAGCGCCAAACUCUGCAAUAGAUGAUCGUCUCCAUGAUCAUAUCAUUCAACCAUCUCAUUCUUUUAGACACACGGUGAACCCAACGGUCCACGCGAUCAUCAAGUCUAGCUCGGUUUCUUCAUCUUCUAAAGAAGAUAAUGAGAAGCAUACUCGUGGAUUAGGCCGUUUCUUCUCCUCUAAACCGAAGAACAAUGGACGUUAAAAAGCUAGGAGAUAACAACCUCAUUAUCUUCUUGUUCGUUUGAUUUUCAUCUUCCUUCUUGAUAUGUGUAUAAGUUUAUAUACGUUUUUUAGUAUGUGAGAAGAUAAGAGAACAGUGUUACUGUGUUA